UGACAUUCUACCCAGUUUGUAGCUCGACUGCUUGCUAAUUUGUUGGCACCUCUUUGGUCUGCUCCUCUGCGAUCCCGACGCUGGUUGCCCAUCCAUCCCAAUUCCAGCGCGCAUCCAUGAGAAAAUCGGGCACACGACACUGGCCUCACCGCAUCACUCCCGCCAGCAUCGCCGGUGCUGGUUGUGUUAUGCUCUGAAGCACAGCGCCCAAGAUCUGCGCAAGUCGCCGACAGCAUGGCCAGCUCCGAGAAAGACAUCGGAGGUGCAGAUGCCCCCGGAAACACCAGCGAGGCACGCAGCGUCUCACGGCACGGUCCAGGUGCGCCGGGUUACACAGAGCCUGCGCCACCGGCCUUCAAAGAAGGCGGCUAUGGCUGGUGCGUUGUCGCCGCUGUCUUUGUGAUCAACAUGCACACCUGGGGUCUCAAUUCGAGCUUUGCUGUUUUUCUGGCCUAUUACCUCCGAAACAAUUUCUUCCCUGGCGUGACAGCGCUUCAAUAUGCCUUCGUCGGUGGUCUCUCCAUUUCCAUCAGCAUGCUUUGCUCCCCACUGGCGACAAUGCUGAUCCGGUGGGAGCGCUGUGGCACAAGCAUGACCAUCUUCAUCGGCGUCAUCUUCGAGUCAAUCGGGUUCCUCGGCGCUUCCUUCGCCACAGAGCUGUGGCACCUGCUUCUCAGCCAGGGCAUAUCUUUCGGCGUCGGCAUGGGUCUCUGCUUUGUGGCUUCUGCGCCUGUGCCUGCGCAGUGGUUUGAGAAGAGGCGCUCUCUCGCGAGCAGCAUCGCCGCGGCAGGGUCGGGCUUUGGCGGCCUGUGCUACUCGAUCGCCACCAGUGCCAUGAUACAGUCGAUCGGACUUGCUUGGACCUUCCGCAUCCUCGCCAUCAUAUGCCUUGUGGUCAACACAGUCGCUGCGUUUGUCGUCAAGGACAGAAACGCUGCCACGGGCUCCGUACACGUUCUGUUCAACUCUGCUCUGCUUCGUAGGCCCGAAUUCCUCCUCUACGAGUGUUGGCUCAUCUUGUCCAUGCUCGCCUACGUCGCGCUGGUCUUUUCACUCGUAGACUACUGCCAAUCAAUCGGGCUGUCGGCUGCUAAUGCGUCAUUGGUCGGUGCGCUGUUCAACCUCGGUCAAGGCCUUGGCCGACCCAUUAUUGGAGUGGCCAGCGACCACUAUGGUCGGCUCAAUGUCGCGCAGAUAUCAACGGCGCUCUCUGGAGUGCUGUGCCUGGUUUUCUGGCUGCCAGGGACAAGGACGCUUGCGGCAUGCAUCGUGUUCGCCCUCCUAUGUGGCCCCGUGGCUGGUGUCAUGUGGGCAUCAUGCACGCCUGUAUGCGCCGAGGUUGUCGGUAUCUCACUCACUCCUUCAGCAUUGUCCAUGAGCUGGCUCGCCUUGGUCCUGCCUGCCAUGUUCUCCGAGGCCAUAGCUCUGGAACUGAAAAGACCGGGUUCUUGGGGAUACACCAACAUUCAAGUGUUUAUCGGCUGCAUGUAUUUAGGAAGUUCUGCGUUCGGUUGGGCGCUCCGGGCUUGGAAGUUGCAGGAGAUUGAGCACGCAAGACUUGCCAAGGAUGAGCGCGAGAUGGCUAUCCGUAACGACGCAGUCCUCGAUCGCGAUGAACAUCACCAUGCCGAUUUAGACACGAAAUCGAGAUUCAUAUCGAUGAGGGGAUUGUGGGCGUUUGCCAAGGUGUAGAGCUCGGGAUCAAGGCUUUGGUUGGUGCCCUCCAGUGAACACAGUCUGCAUCCUAACACGUAGGCCAUGGCCACUUGCGAGAGCUCGUGCCAUUGAACCCUGGAUCUUUUGGUGUCAAAAUGAGCUUCAAAUACCAUUCAUAUCAUAGGAAAAAAUUGGCUUGUCUGACUUGUCAUAACCCAUCCUUUUCUGGUACUGUCGCCAAAGCGUACUCUUCUGUCCCAUCAAUGCGACCGCCUCUGCGCUGACGGUUGGCAAUAUCCCGACGACCCUUUCUCAGCUCGCACUUGACAAAGAACUGACAGAGAAAGUAAUUAUUCUCUGCCCUGCACGGGGCCCCGGUUUAUUCAACUAUGUCCCCGAUCGGUAGAUCUAGCUGGCACGGGGUACUCCAUCGACGCCACCAG